AUGCUGAUGGAAAAAAGCAGCAGUUUUGAUGAGAAGGAUAUGAACGAGGCAUUAGAAAAUAACCUUGGAACGAAGAAAGUUGGAAGUACUGAGGUUGUAGGAGAUGAAGUGACAUUCAGUGACAGGGUGAUUCAUACUAUUGCCUCAGUCAGUGGUGGUGGAUUUUGCCCUUCUGCUGUGGAUGUUGUUGAUCAGAUCAAUGCUUUAUUUCCAACAGAACAGUCAUUAUCACAUUUGGAUUCGGUAAUGCAGUCGAUCAAGGAUGAAAUCGUUGGCUUGGAUCGUCAGCUGGCGAAACUUGUUGAAACACAUGAGAAGGCUGGUGCUGAAGGAGGCCAGGCCUUAGAUGAGGCCCAUGCUGCGAUGAGAGACUUAGAAGAGCGUGUACAGGCGGUUUGCUUGAAGACACAGUCCUCAGAAAAUGUUGUGCAGGAAAUGACUCGUGACAUCAAGCAGCUUGAUGUCGCAAAGCGGAAUUUAAUCUCAUCACUCAAAGCUCUUCAUCAUCUUCAAAUUCUGCUAACUGGCGUCUAUUCACUCGGAUCAUGGAUAGAUCAACAUCGAUAUGGUGAUAUUGCUUCACAGUUACCGGCUGUCCUGAAUGUCUUACAGCUUUUUGGUCCUUAUAUGGAAGUAGAACAUAUCAAAAAUAUCUCUGAACAACUCGAACGACUAAAACAGCGAUUAACUAUUCAACUUGCUUCGGAUUUGAAGCAUUCAUUCCAGACCGGAAUCUUAAAUUCUUCGGUAACUGAUAUGUGCCGCGUUGUUUCAUCGUUGGAUCCAGUUAUACGGGAAGAUUUUUGCAAAUGGCUCAUAGAACAUCAGCUUUCCGAAUAUACUGUGUUAUACGGUGAAAGUGAAAGUAUUGCUUGGAUUGAUAAAAUUGACUUAAGAUAUCGAUGGUUCGUGCAAAAACUGACAGAACUUGAAAAAACGAGUGUGAUGAAAGUAUUCCCCGCUGAUUGGGAUAUGGGUCGGCGUUUGACUUUAGGAUAUUGUAAUUUAACAAGAGGGAUGUUGGAACGAAUGAUGUCGAGACGUUGGUUAGAACUUGAUUAUAAAGUACUCGCGCAUGCCAUCAAUCAUACAGUGAUGUUUGAAAAUCUACUUUGCAAAAGAUUCCCAGCAAAAGAAGGUUACAACUUCGAAAAGAUCAUUUGGCAAGUAUUUGACAAGUAUAUGGAUGUAUUUGUGGCAGCUCAAAAGAAAAACUUGGAUAGUUUUCUAGAGGAAUGCAUCAUUAGAAUUAGGAGUGGUGCUGAACGACCAACCCGAGAAACUGCAUCUCAUGCAUAUCCACUUCCAUCAUCUGCCGAUAUGUUCCUUUUGUUGAAGAAAAUAAUUGCCGAAUCAACAAAACUCAGUUCCAAUCCAAAUUCUUUACUAAGGAAUCUCGUAGAAGUACUGCGCAGCUGUCUUCGUGGUUAUGCUCAUGGUUGUUUAACAGCUUUCUUGCCAUCCUUAUCAUCUACUCAAUUUUCGUCUGCUUCAAUUUUACAAACUUUGAUGAGGGAUGAAGCUGCAGUUCGUUUAACAGUUGAUCAGCAAUUUUUUACAUGCUGUAUACUUGCUACUGCUGAUUGGUGCGCUGAAACAACACUGCAACUGCAAGAAAAACUAAAACAACGAGUGCAGAGCAUCGAUCUGAAUCAGGAAAUGGAAUUGUUCUACAGUAUAUCAAAUAGUGCACUUUCUGUAUUAGUACAGGAUGUAGAGUCCAGUUGUGAUGCUGCCCUGCAAACGAUGGUAAAAAAAAAUUGGCAUGGUGUAGAGAGUGUUGGUGACGAGUCACUAUAUGUUUCAUCGAUACGAAGUCAUCUGCGGUCGAGUGUGCCGCCGAUAAGGGAUUUUUUCGUUGACAGACGAAAAUAUUUCGCAUAUUUUUGUUUGAAGCUUGCUACGCAGUUGGUCAAUAAAUUCCUGGGUGCGUUAUUCAGGUGUCGUCCAGUGGGUGUCACUGGUGCAGAACAGUUGCUUUUGGAUACACAUGCAUUGAAGACCUUUUUAUUAUCUUUGCCAACGGUUGAAUCAUCUAUUAACACGAAACCGCCAACAAUGUACACAAAUGUUGUAGUAAGAACGAUGACAAAAGUAGAAAUGAUACUCAAAAUUGUUAUGUCGGAGAUAAAUUCACAUGAAGAAUUUGUAACGACAUAUGUACGACUAUUACCCGAUUCGGAUUCUUCGGAGUUACAGAAAGUUCUAGAAAUGAAGGCAUUAAAACGUCAGGAACAAACGAGUAUUAUACAAAUAUACAAAUCACGUGUUGAGGGACAAGCAACUGUUGAAAACCGCCUAAAAAUGCAAUCGUCAACGAUCUCGGCAUUAGAAAACAUCAGCGAUUCGAGCAUGAGAAGGUUGGAACAGCUGGUAAAGAAGAAAACUUAA